AUGUCGCAGUGUCUGCACAACUUUGUCCAGGCCCGGCUCAGGGGCCUGUCGUUGACUUCUCACAGCCCCGGCCGCUGGGUACGGAACUCGGGCGCACACAGAGCACAAUGCUUUUCGACGCAGCUCCCGCGAGCUAAUGAGGCAGAAGAAAACGACCUGGAAGCGGCGAUGAGAACUCUCCUCGAAGUUACAGUGCCACCUGAUUCAGCGCUAUACGGGGUUGUGGGAAGGCGACAACGAAAGAAUGCAGCGCUUCUUCAGCCGUCUCAGUACUGGCCGGCUCCUCGUCGAAAUAAUCUGCGAAGAAAGACGGUUAGCAGCAAGGUCUCCUCUGUGAAGGAUCCCAGUCAAGCGGUAUCCAAGAAUUCGCUUCGGAAUGCGUUGUACCAUAAUGGUGCUAAUCCUAAGCUCGCUCAUAAGAUACACCCGGUCCUUGUCUCUGAUCUGGGAGAAGAUGCUCGCAAAUCCAAACUUAUCCAAGCAGAAGCUUUGCGACGUGCCCGGUCGCUUUAUCCGCGACAACUCGGCAUGAGGCAGUGGAAGAUUGCAUACAAGGAACUCUACAAAGCGAAGCACUAUCGGCGAGAACCCCAAAGGGCCUUAAUCCCGGCAUUGAAUGGGGAGAGCAAAAGAUUGCUUGCUAAGCUCCAGUCGGAUGAUGUUGAGUCGUUUGAGGAUGCUUGGCUCCAGAUGAACCGACAUGCCAGAGCCUCUGUUUGGCAAAGGCUAGCAUUGUGGCUAUUAGAGAAUGACCCAGUAUUGCUCUUGUCAUUCUUGCUCAUGACUGCGCACGGGGCCGAUCGGCCAGACUUUCAGCUUGUGGGUGACUGUAUGCUCUAUGUGGACAGAUUCUUCUAUUCACCUUGGAUGAAGUAUGAUGAGGUCGAUCUCGAGACCUAUCAGGAAGUCGUCGAAACUUGCCUGGAUCCAGAUACAUGGCCUGUAAUAUGUCCGCCACAUAGGCCUUUGUCGCUAUAUGUGCGGAAAGCCAGGCCGGAUUCCGUCAAGUCGGCCUUUCAGACUUCGCAAGCCAAGGGGAUCGAGUUGUCUGGACCAACCGCCUUGUCCUUCGCAUGGCGGCUCCAAGAACUUGGGGAUACGGACAUGGCGAUCGAAGCCAUCGCAUGUCUUCGUAGACUCGAUAACCCUAGGUUUGCUAUGGACGCCGACGGCGUCUUGCGACAUUGCUGCAAAAUUUUGACCCAUGACACUAUCGAAGAUGGCCCCGAGGGACGAAACUUCAAGCUCCUGCCACGAUUAUUGGAGAUCGGCGUGAAACCAAACCGAGACAUGAUGAAUAUUGUGCUUGCGAAUGCGGCUAAAAUCAGUGACUCUCAGUUAUUGAAUGAUAUUUUGAAGUUCAUGAUUGAUCACGACCACAGACUCGACUCACACACAUACCUGGUUCUUCUUCAAGAUGCCAUCGCCCGAGAAGACCGAGGCGGUGUUGACAUCUUAGUGCGUGAAAUUGGGACAGUGGACCAUUUGGACACCAAUCCCUAUCUCGCCAGCAAGAUCUUCCAUUCGCAUUACCUCUUCACCGUCAAAGAUAUGGACGUGGAGGCUGAUAGAUCAAGCAUUCUACACUCGACCCUUGACAUGUAUAGCCGCCUUUACGAUCUCACACCCCUCCGGGAUCUACUCAUCGUCCCUCCGUCCUACCAGCCUUCCUUUCAAGGUAGAGAGAAGCCAUCAACAGUUGUCCUCUUCAUCGCUUUGGCUACUUAUCUACGUUGCAACCCUGAUGUCUCCAAGAUGCAACAAAUCUACGCCAGAUACCAAGAACUUAUCAACCAAGGAGAUCCAAUCAUUUGCUCUAUGGCCGAAACCGACCAUGCAUAUAACGCAUUCCUGAGCGCGAUGCGCCACAAUCGCCGCGCAUUACGAACAUGCGUGCAGAUCGUCGAGGAUAUGCUCCAUCCCGUGGUAGAAAAAGAUCGCAAUGGCAGAACCAUCGACCACGUGAAGCCAAGUACACGCACCUGGACUCUUUUGCUCAGUGCUUUCAUCUACAACCGCCAAAUAGCUGGCGCGGAGAAGAUUCGAGACAUGAUGUUGAAGCAUGAUGUUGAAUUCAGCCAAGUGACCUGGAACACUAUUGUCAACGGUUACGCGAAUGCACAGGACAUGCCUCAAACUGCAGCCGCUAUCAAGGAUAUGGAGCAAGCUGGAUUCGCCAUCGAUUCUUAUACCAUGAAGCCGUUGCGCUAUUUGCGCGACCCCGAAGCGUUGUGGGCUGCUAUCGAUGCAUUGGAUCGCCAGUACAGUACGGCGAACCUUGCUCCCGAACCGGAGCUCACCCCCGAGGAGGAAAAGGAAAUUCGUGAGUCCCUGGUUGACCGUGCUUUAAGUAAACUUGCCGCGAAGGCGAAGUCGAAGUCAAGAACAAAGUCAAAGGAAGGGGCUUGA